UAGUGAUACAAUGUGACCGGCAGAAUGCAAGCGCCAGCGCAACGUUGGACGAUAUGAUUUCACCAACCGUCAACCUGGGGAGGUAGGCGGGUAUUUCCCAUCAUAGUAGUUGUCUGUAUUCUAGCGAUUUCCUUAUGUUUAUGGGUUGGGGUUUUGGGUGGGGGUUCGGUCUGUUUGGUCUGCUUUUUUGCUCUGUAUUUAUGGAUGAGGGAGUUUUGAAUUGGACGGUUUUUUUGGGGUUCAUCAUAUUGCACUCGGCCAUUUUCCCGGUUAUGGCAUCGGAAGUUACUUACUUGUGUCCCCAUCGGGGGCGGCGGGAGCGGGAGCGGGAUCGGGGGCAGGGAUGGGGAACGAGAAUGUACGAGUGCCAGUGCAAGUGCGGUUUGCUUCGUUCAUGUUCAAUACUCAUUCCUUUUAGCUUUCUCAUUUGCCGCGUCCACACUGGCGUGCAGGCGGGAGGGGGAAGGUAACGGACUCUAUGUAUGUGUGUAUUCUACUAGUAUUUGGAACUA